AUGGUAAAAAUAAUCAAAGAUCCAUUUGAAAGUCCAAAUACAAAAUUGAUGGCUUUAAAAGUAUAAUUCUAUUUAAAAUUAGUUAAAUAAAGAACUUGUCGAAACAUUUAAUAGCAAUUAUAUUUAUACACUCUAAAAAACGUUAUUGCCAUUAUUUGAAGAAAUUGCAAAAUAUAAAUAUACAUCAGAUGACCCAGAUAGAGGAACAACAUAUUUUUUAAAUGGUGAAAGUCCAAAUUAAGGUUUUAUUAAUUAAAAUAUUGUUAGAUAAUAGAGAUUUGUAAGUUAUUGGAGAAUAAUUUAUAAGAGUUGUAUUAGAAUGUAUAAGAGUUUGGAGUCGAUGGUUUCCUCUAGACUAUUAAUCAUAUUAUUUAAGUUCUUUUAAGAUCACUUAUGAAAAGUUAGUAAAGUUAGGGGUUAAGUUUCCAAAGAUCAUUUAUUUUGACAACAUUGAAUAGAAUAUUCCUCAUUAAUUAAUUCCUUUAUCAAUGAUUAUUUAAUUAAGAGAACUACUUAAAAACUAAGCUAAUCUUUCAACUAAAUAAAUUAGAAAUUAUUUGGCAAUGAAUCCAGCACAUCUUUUUUAUUAACAUAAAUAUACUACAUAUAGUGAUUUUUUUAUUUAGAUUAAAAAUAAAAAUCCUAUUUAAAGAAAAAAAGUAUUAAGAAAGGCAACAUUUCUAUUAGAAAAAGAAUUUGAAAAUCUAGAGAUUACCAAAAAAGAUCCCUUAUAUAAUCCAUUAUCAUAAGAGACAUUAUAGAUUGAAAAUCUUUGCCUUCAAAAUCUAUAUAAUGCUUUAUCAAUAAAAGUUCCAGAUCUUCAAACUUAAGUUAUUUAAUUAUAAAAUAAAAUUGUUAGUUUAGAAAAACAACUUUUAGAUAAAGAAUAAAAAAUAAAUGAAUUACAAAAUGAAAUAUAGCAAUUAUAAAAACAAUUUUCUAACAAUAUUAAUUAGUUUUUAACUUCUAAUGACUUAUCUAAUAGUGAAUUAUUUCAAACUGAUGUAAUAAUUAUAUAUUAUUAUUUAUAGGUUACAAAAUUAAAAUUACAUUUUGGAAUUUAUGAUCAAAGUUAUGAAAUUGAAAAAUUGAAAUCUCUUGUAUAUAAAUCUGAUUUUAAAAUUGAAGAAUUAACUGAAAAAUUAGAUGAAACUAUAAGAAAAAAAAAUUAAUUGUAAGAAGAAAAUAAAACUUUAAACUAAACAAUUUUAGUUUUAGAGAGAAGACUUAUAUAAAAUACUAAGCAAACUAUUAUAUCAACAUAAUAAUGUUUAAGUGAAUAUAGACAGAAUACAAUGACUAACAUAAGCUAAACAGGUACGAUGGUUUCAAAAAAAUAAAAGAGUUCAGGAUUUUAAAACUCUUUGUUUUUAUCUUUAAGACAAUAAAUCUUAGGAUAAUAAUAGUAUAUUUAGACAUUAUAAAACUAAUUGAUUAAAUUUGAUAAAUUUCUAUUACACUCUGGUCAUACUAAUUCUGUAUUCUCUUAUAAUACAGUGUCUACUUAAUAUAAAGGUAAUAAUAUAUCCCUAAAUAAAGUUCCUAUGUACUCUCCUUAAUCUGUCUCUUAACCUAAAUCUAGAGGGUCAAAAGAAAUAACUUCUCCGUUUGUAGAUUAUGAUGGAAAGAUUUUUGCUAUUUUGCCUGAUGCCUUUACAGUAAAAUUUAGAUAAUCCUGUUUACUUAAAAAAUCCGUUUUAUACUCUGAUGAAAAUUUAUAAAUUGGAGUUUAAACUAGUUUAUAAUCAAAUUAAUAACUCUUAAUAAAUUUAGUCUUACAUAACAGAACCUAGGAAUAAAUGCAUAAUUUAUGCAUAGAAUAUUAAAGAUCUCAGAAUCUAUAAUUUUAGAGUUAUCCGACUAAUAUUUAAUAAUCUAUUAAAGGAAAUGAAUAAGUAUUCUAAAAGGUAUAUAUAUCAUUUGAAUAACUUCCCUAUUAAUUGUUAGAGCUUACAAUAAAUUAUUCAAUAUAAUCAAAAUUGCAUAGCAUCAAACUCUGUCUUCCUUGCACAAUAAAUAAAUAUUUUACAUAUUUAGAAGUACCAUAAGAAAGUCCUAAAUCAUAUUUUUAUAAUAGUAAAGUCUUUUAAACAAGCUUUUAAAAUCAAAUAGGAUAAUUGCUACCUGAUUUCUAAAUUAAUUAAAUUAAUGAUCAAUUUGUUGAAGCUUUAGCAAGAAUUUAAAUUGAAAAAUCUAUUUUUUUAAUUUCAAUUUCAUCAAAAAAUAAUUAGAUGUAAAUUAAAUUAAAUGGUAAUUACUCAGAUAAAUUAGUGGAAUGCAUUGUAUCAACCUAUUAAGGACUGUUUAUGAAAAGAUGA